AUGACAAAUGAACACAGCCAGAUGGCUGCAUUGCAGGACGGCUCCGCGCCGCGUACAACACACUUCCUGGGGGCGUCGGAGGACGGCAAGCACAUGGCCCAGGUGUCGGAGGACAGCAAGCACAUGGCCCAGGCGUCGGAGGACAGCAAGCACAUGGCCCACCUGCCCGACAGUCCGUGCGCUGAGCUGGCAUUCUCCAGCCGCAGCCUGCCCGACAUUCCGUGCACUGAGCUGGCAUUCUCCAGCCGCAGCCUGCCCGACAUUCCGUACACUGAGCUGGCAUUCUCCAGCCGCAGCCUGCCCGACAUGCCGUGCACUGAGCUGGCAUUCUCCAGCCGCAGCCUGCCCGACAUGCCGCCGGCGGCCGUGCCAUGCCUGUGCUGCACGGCCGAGUUCACACCGCCGCUCGGCCGCGACGAGCUGGCGCGCCACCUGCUGGCCGAGCACCGGCUGGUAGUGGCCGAUCUGGCGCUGGUGGCCGAGCUGGACGAGUACUGCGCGUACUGGGCGCCACGGCUGACCGCCGGCGGCCUGCGCGAGUACUGUUUCACCGUGCUGACCAACACGGGCCCGCGCGACGCCGAGCCAUCCGAGGAGUACUUCCUGCUCUCGCCCAAGCUGGAGGAGGACCGGCUGCUGCGCGAGCGGCUGCAGCGGUGCCAGCUGGAGCGCGUGCUGGCGCGCCAGGCGGAGGAGCGCGCCAUGGUUGACUUCCGGCGCGGCUGUCUCUUCUGUCGGCAGCAGUACGUCGGGCGACUAGCAGGGUUCUUCGACCACAUGGCCAAGGACCACAACUUCAGCGUGGGCAGGCCGGAUAACAUCGUAUUCGGCCCCGAGUUCGUGGACUUGAUCGAGGCGAAACUGGAGCGGUUGCGCUGUCUCUUCUGCGACGGCGCGUUCAAGGACCGCGCCACGCUCAAAGAGCACAUGCGCAAGAAGCAGCACAAGGCUAUCAACCCGGCCAACAAGGAGUUUGAUAGGUUCUACGUCAUCAACUACCUGGAGUUCGGCAAGAGCUGGGUCGAGUUGCAGGAGGAGCGCGACGAGGAGCCGCCGACCGGGUUCGACGAGCGCCGCUCGGACGAGGACUGGUCCGACUGGGAGGAGCCGCCGGCCAACGGCGCCGUCUGCCUCUUCUGCGACUUUUCCACCACGGACGUGGACGCGCUACCGGCGCACAUGGCGGCCGAGCAUGCGUUUGACUUCUGCGAGCUGAAGACGCGCCUGCGGCUCUCCUUCUACCAGCAGGUGAAGCUGGUGAACUUCAUCCGUCGCCAGGUGGUGGAGCGCACCUGCAUGUUCUGCCAGGAGAGCUUCGCCUCGCGCCAACUCCUGCUCGCGCACAUGAGAGAGGCCGGCCACUUUGCCUUACCGGAGCCGGCCGUGUGGGACCAACCGCAGUACUUCUUCCCGACAUACGAGAACGACUCGCUGCUGUGCCAGCUGGAAGAGGCGGACGGCGCGGCCGACCAGGUGCCCGUGUUCGCCGAGGACCCGGUGGACGUGGCCGACUCGAUCCUGGCCGACAGCGCGGUGCGCGGCGAACUGGGCGGGCCGGCGUGACCGGGCCCGGGUCACGGCUGCAGUCGCCGACCGGCCGCCCCGACGCGACGUGUGACCGACCUCCGCACAGCUCCCCACCCUUCCCGCGCGACUCCCCACCCUCCCUGCCCUCCCCGCGCGGCUCCCGCCCUCUCCGUGCGGCUCCCUACCCUCCCCGCAC